AUGCUUGAGGCUCCACAAGACUUUCCAGUUCAUAUAUACUUCUGGUACUUUGAGUCUCAAGUAAAGCCAGAGACUGAUCCCUUGGCUAUAUAUAUCAAUGGCGGGCCAGGGGCAGGGUCUAUGGUCGGAGUAUUCGUUGAGAGUGGGCCAUGCCGCAUGAGCGAGGAUGCUCAGUCAACUGUACUGAACGAGCAUUCCUGGAACAAGGAAGCCAACCUCCUGUACAUCGAUCAGCCAGUGCAGACAGGAUUUAGUUACGAUGUGCUCACCAACGCUACUUUUGAUUUCAAGACCAACAUACUAUCCCCUAAAGGACCAGAUCAUGACCCAAGUAAAGAUGGCACCCUUCUUGCUGGCACCUUUGGUAGCGGAGAUCCUAGUAAAACUGCAAAUACUACUCUCAAUGCUGCCAGACACAUGUGGAAUAUCGUCCAGGUGUGGUCCCAGGAUUUCUCUCCUUACAUUGAUAAUCGAGAGAAUGACAAGAUUUCCCUCUGGAGCGAGUCAUACGGAGGCCGUUAUGCCCCGGGCUUCAUGGCAUACUUCUUACAACAGAACAAACGUAUCAAAGAUGGCCGCCUGACCGGUUCCGUUCUUCACCUUGACACUGUCGGGAUAAUAAACGGCUGCGUGGAUUUGAUAUCUCAGCAGAAGUCAAACAUUGAUUUUCCAUACAACAAAAAUACCUAUGGUAUCCAGGCAAUCGAUGAUGCUGGAUAUGAUAAGGCGAUGCAUGCCUAUGGCAAGAGAGGAGGGUGUCUUGACCAAAUAUUAGAAUGUCAUGCUCUCGCUAAGCGCUACGAUCCUAAUGCAUACGGCCAUGUUGACGAAGUCAAUCACGUAUGUGAGCGUGCAAACAAUUACUGCAACACGGAGGUAGAUGGCAUAUAUGUUGACGGGGCAAAACGAGGCCUCUUCGACAUUGCUCAGUGCCACCUAGAUCCUUUUCCUUCCAACAGCUUCUUGGGAUAUCUAGCGAAGACUGAGGUACAGGAGGCACUGGGUGUACCAGCAAACCACACGGACCCCUCAUACACAGUUGAGCAUGUCUUCAAUGUCACUGGUGACUACGUUCGGAGUGACAGGGGUGGACACUUACUUGACAUCGCCAACUUGCUAGACGCUGGGGUGAAAGUUGCCAUGGUAUACGGCGACCGUGACUUCAUUUGCAACUGGGUUGGAGCCGAGAAUGUCAGCCUUUCAGUCGACUACAAGGAUGCCAAAAAUUUCAGAAGGGCAGGGUAUGCAGAUGUUUACACCGAUGACUCCGGAGUCCCCAAAGCCCAAGUUCGCCAACAUGGCCUUUUUUCAUUCACCCGUGUAUAUCAAGCAGGACACAUGAUGCUUGCCUACCAACCACAAGUUGGAUACGAGAUCUUCCGUCGUGCAAUGUUCAAUAUGGACAUUGCUACCGGAACAGUCACAGAUGAUAUAGAAUUUUACUCUACCCAGGGGGAGAUCAAUUCAACUCACGCCGAACCCCCUUUGCCAACUGUCCCUCCAACAUGCAACUUCUGGGGCAUGGCAAUGUCAUGUGCUAAGAACCAGAUUGAGGCCAUUCAAAAGGGAGAAGCAAGUAUCGUCAACAAUAUCAUUGUGAGCCCGACUCAAGCUCCAGGUGAAUGCCCUACGCCUCAACCGACUCGCAAGAGUUGGUUUUAUAACAACGACCAACAAAGUUUCAUUAUUUAG